AUGUAUUGUGACGAGCCAAGUGAGAUCGAUCUCAUAAUGAAAUGGGGAGAAUUCAUCCCAUUGGAAGCGCCGGUUCCAGAGAUAGUAGAGGAGGAGUUGGUUAACAAACGUGAAUUCAUAACAGCAUCUCGGAACUCGAGGAGACUGGAUGAGGAUCUCGAUGAACGCAACGCCAAUUCAACUGUAUACGCCCCGAAGAUCUUCAUCAAUAUUGUGGACAACUUAUUUGAAGUUAAGACUUUUGCUCAAAAUUCUAUAGCUGACCACUGUAGCGAUAGUGAGGAAAUGAGCACCUCCGCACCGUUGUUUUGA